CUAUGAAAGCAGCAGCAAGAACAGCCACAGGGCUUCUUCAUCAUCUCAAACCAGAGGAAUCUUCAACACCCACCUCGAAUCUCACCCAGAAGACGAUUUUGGAGCUCUUGAACACGAGAUGCAUCAACUCUGUCCGAAAUCUCAAGCAAGCUCACGCAAUUGUCCUCAGGACGGGGCAUUUUCAAGACCACUACGUUGCCGGGACUCUGGUCAAGUGUUACUUCGACUCCGGGCUCGGAGGUUUGGACAUGGCAAUCAAGGUAUUUGAUUCUGUGCACAGACCCAAUGUAUUCGUGUGGAAUGUUGUGCUGAAGGGUUGCUUGGAGAGGGAAAAACCGUGGAUGGUUCUGAGUUUGUAUUACGAGAUGGUGUUGAGUGAUUCUAGGGCUAAUAAGUUUACUUACACUACGAUGUUCAAAGCUUGCGGUGAGGUUGGUGCUGUUGACGAAGGUUUUCAAAUCCAUGGCCGUUGCUUGAAAUCUGGGAUUCUUUUCGAUGGGCAUAUGAAAAGUUCGGGAAUUCAGAUGUAUGCGUCUUCUGGGUACUUCCCGGAGGCUCGGAAAUUGCUCGAGCUUGGGAAGUACGAUGUUGUCUGUUGCAAUGCGAUGAUUGAUGGGUACAUGAAAUCUGGGAAUGUGAAAGAAGCCAAGAACUUGUUCGAGAAAACGCCGGAGAGAAAUACUGGAACUUGGAACACGAUGGUUACUGGGUACGCGAAGAAUGGAAUGUUUGAGGAUUCACGGAAGGUAUUCGAGGAAAUGCCUGAGAGAGAUGAGAUAUCGUGGAGUGGGAUGAUAGACGGGUAUAUACAGGGAGGUUAUUAUAAGGAAGCCAUAGAAAUCUUCGAUCAAAUGCAGAAGCAGAAGAUCAGGCCGAGAAGAUUCAUGCUGUCUAGCGUUCUUGCGGCUUGCGCAAACACUGGUGCACUUGAUCAAGGAAGGUGGAUUCAUGCCUAUACGAGAAAAAACUCGAUCAAGCUAGACUCGGUGCUUGGUACUGCGUUUGUUGACAUGUACGCGAAAUGCGGAAGAAUCGAUUUGGCUUGGGAAGUUUUCGAGACAAUGAAGGAGAAAGAAGUCUUCUCCUGGAACGCCAUGAUUGGAGGAUUAGCCAUUCACGGCCGUGCAGACGAAGCUGUCGAGCUGUUCUUCAAGAUGCAGAGGCAGAAGCUCAGACCAAACACAGUUACCUUUGUCAAUCUCUUGAAUGCUUGUGCUCAUGGAUCACUUGCUGAUAAGGCGAUGAAGAUUUUGAGCUCUAUGAAGAAUUUAUACGAAGUCGAGCCAGAAACCGAGCAUUAUUGCUGCGUGGUCGACGCCUUGGGACGAGCUGGUCGUCUCGAAGAAGCAGAGGAGCUCAUCGAGUCAAUGCCAAUGGAACCUAACGCAGCCGUCUAUGGAGCACUUUUAGGAAGUUGCAGAGUCCAUGGAAACACCGAACUGGGAGACAAAAUCGGGCAAAUCUUACUCGAUUUGGAUCCUUCAAAUAGUGGACGCUAUGCAUUGCUCUCGAACAUAUACGCAGAGGCCGGUAAAUGGGAAAAAGCUUCAGAAUUGAGGAAACUGAUGAAGGAAAGAAAGGUUAAGACGGAUCCUGGGAUCAGUUUCCUUGAGUUGCAAGGCAGGGUUCACGAGUUCAAGACAGGAGACACAUCACAUCCACAGGCAGAGGAGAUAUUCUCUCAACUGGACAGCGUUAUCGAGAGGAUCGAAUCAGAAGGCUAUUCACCAGGCAAGACCCGAGUUCUGUUCAAUGUCGAGGAGGAGGACGAGAAAGAUACUUCUCUGAAGUACCACAGCGAAAAGAUAGCGAUCGCAUUCGGAUUGAUCAGUACGGAAAAAGGAUCGAGCAUACGGAUCGUGAAGAACCUGAGGAUCUGUGAGGAUUGCCAUUCCGCGAUCAAGCUCGUCUCGACAGUGUACGAGAGAGAGAUCGUUGUUAGGGACCGUGUUCGGUACCAUCAUUUCAAGAACGGGGCUUGUUCUUGCAAUGAUUUCUGGUGAAUAUUAUAUUAUGUGAACGGUGUCUACAUAUUUUGAAAGGUUGUUCAAAAUCUUAAGUAUAUAGAUAACAUAGCUAUUUUCUGUAA